UUUCAGGAUCUCAGAUAGGCUUCCAGGGACAUCUUUUAAACACAGUUCAUAAGAGAAUAUAAUGUUUCCAUCAGGCUCUUGCCUUGGCAACAACCUGCAGCCGUAAAGCGAGUUUAAUUCUCUGAGAGGAAGACUGGUGACAGCUAUCGUUUCACUGUGUAUGUAAUAUAUGAGAUUCUACCCUGAGAACCCUGGAGGUGGCAUUUGCCUGUUCUGGUUGUAAAUAAUGAGAUAGAUCACAAUGGAUUUCAGUUCCUCAUCCAUGUUUGACCAGCACAAAGGUGAUGCAGCAGAGGAGAUGGACCUGGCUGUGGUUUACCAAGCGGCAGCUAAUGGCGAUGUGAACACCCUGACUGCAGUGAUCCGAGAGGAUCCUUCCAUCCUGGAGUCUUGUGACAGAGAGGGUUGCACACCUUUGAUGCAUGCUGUGUCAGGACGCCAGGUUGACACAGUGAAGCUUCUGUUGAAGAUGGGAGCUAAUAUUAAUACUCAAGAUGCUUGUGGACGUACCAGUUUAUCUCUGGCAACUUACUUGGGCUGGCUGGAAGGCUGUGUCAGCCUGCUCAGGAAUGGUGCUAAGCAAAACAUACCUGACAAGAACGGGAGGCUGCCGCUACACGCUGCCACUGCAGAGCCUGACGUGAGGCUUCUGAGCUUGCUCCUGCAGCAGUCAAAUCUUAGUGAAAUUAAUCACCAGGACAAUGAGGGAAUGACUUCACUCCACUGGGCUGCAUUCCACAAUAGACCCCAGCACACCCAGAGUCUGCUGCACAAGGGAGCAGACCCGACUCUGGUGGACAAGGACUUCAAAACAGCUCUGCACUGGGCAGUACAGAGUGGCAACAGGAUUCUGUGUUCCAUCAUUCUGGACCAUUGGCAGGGACCAUCAAUAAUAAAUUGUGAUGAUGAGAAUGGCAAAACAUGCAUGCACAUUGCUGCUGCUGCAGGCUACAGUGAUAUCAUCAGUGAGCUGGCUAAAGUCCCAAAGUGCAACCUGCAGGCCCUUGAUGUGGAUGACAGGACUCCUUUGCACUGGGCUGCAGCAGCAGGGAAAGCUGACUGUGUGCAGACACUGCUAGAACUGGGGAUAGACAGCAGCCCUCGAGACAUCAAUGAAAACACUCCUCUGACAUAUGCAAUAUACUGUGGGCACACAGCAUGCAUCAAGCUGCUGACUCAGGAGAACAGUAGAUCUGAGUCAGUUCAUCAGUUUCACUCCCAGAACAACAGACUUAUAAAGAAAGAAGGACGAUUCAGUAUGCUGAACCAGAUCUUCUCUUGCAAAAAGAAGAAAGAUGAUCAGAAAACCAGUCAGAAGGAGAGAAGCAGGGAUCGAUAUCCUGGAGAAGAGACCUCAGAAGUAGAUGAUAUCAUCACCCAUUUUGAUGGCAUUAUGAAUAAAAAUUGCAAAGACAUUCCAGAUGAGUGUAAGACCACCCCUGACUUUAAAAGAAAAAGCACAGACACUAAGUACUUCAUAGAAAAGAAGAAAUCAGUAUGUCAGGGACUCCCACCCAUCACCACCCAGAGCUUCCCCCCAAUCACUGCAGGCAAUUCCUUCCUAACUGCUUCCCAGAGAAAAAUGUCAAGCUUCUCCUCCAGCUCCAGUACCCACCAUUUUCCAUUCAAAUCUCAAAAGAAUAGCAGUGACCACAGCUUGCUGGACAACACAGACAGCUGCCAGGCUUUGCUGGAUGAUUCCUGGAACACAGAUUCUAACCAAAGGCUCUCUUACAAAGUCUGUACUAGGACUUCUUCAGACAAACUGAUGAAUGGCUUAGACUCUGAUAGGUCUCACCAUGUGCUUUUGUGCCCUCCCUGCCUUCCCUCGCUUCCCAGUUCUCUAUCAGGUAGAAGUUUUCGACAGAUGUCCAUAGACCAACACAAAAUGAAAAAUGUUAUUCCUGUACAGAACAGCCUAGCUCCAAUACCCAACCACAGUGCUCACAAAAUUCAGCUGCCAUCUCAGGAUGCCAAGAAGUUUAAGUCCCUACGGACUGGUGCAGUUAUUCUCCCACCAGCUCCAGUCUCCAGAUCUCCGAAAAGAGGACAUUCUCAGAGUCAGAUCCUCUAUUCUCUCCUGCCUGGUCUAUCAGGAGAGCAUCUAAAACCAAGCUGUGUCCUACCUGCUAUCUCAAACCAGAAGAAAUCUAAUCCUGAAGAGGAGCUUGCAAAAUUAGUUGCCAAGACAGAUGCUGAAAAUUAAUUCAUUACAGUGGCCUAAAUUAGUUGAAAUAUGUCCAAUUGGUGUUAAAAGAUAACUUUACAGUUAAAUCUCAUUAAUUUGCGCUAAUGAUACUGUUGUGAUCUGGAGCAUAACAAAAACCAAGAUAAGGUAGCACAAAACAAAAGCUGCACUGUGUGUGUGUAUAUAUAUGCAUUUGCAUUAUAGUUUUCAUUUAUGAUGAAAUUACUUAAUCAGCAUCUAAUGUGCAGUAAAUUUAUUUUGUGAAUGGAACCCCCAUAAUAUGAUUUUGUUGCAGCAAUGUGCUGUUAAGCCUUUCAUAGAAAAAAGGAACAAAGAGUAAGGUUUUCUGCAUGAUUUAAAAGUUGAAACUAGAGAAACAAAUUGACAGAGCUUCUCUGUAAUUUGUAAAAGCAAAGGUGCUGAUUCUGAUGCUGUGUGCCGUAAAAAGAUUUUAAGAUUGAGAAAAUAAACUCAAAA